CGGAACACCUAGAAGAGCGAAUCUGGUCCGUGCCGGAAAACGCUUAGCUAGUGAUCGAGACCAGGCGUUUGACUUUUUGUAGGUGAAAGGACAGCAAGCUUCUGUUGUCCUUCGUCUAAUUGUUUGUGGGGGGUGGGACGAAAACGCACAUGGAUGGUAACAUCGGCAAACGUUAAGUCGCCUACCAAGGACGGAUGCAUCGAGGCCGUUGAUUUGCUUAGCAACACACCACUACGGCGCUACACAUGUGAACAAUCAGAAAUUCAAUAGUGAGGUGGCCAGUUGGCCGGCCGAAAAAACUAUUUGACGUUAUAGACGAGACAAAGAAAGGAUACCCAUUUGCAUCUAAACCACCUAGUCACUUCAAAAGGUGUGCGAGUCCGCCCUCUUUCCACGGAUACGACAGUGUCAGUAGACGACGCGCGAAAUGGAGGGUGACCAAACAGACGUUUGCUCGUACCUUCCUCAUUCGAAUCGUACUGACGCAGAGUGACCAGGUGGCCUUUUUCUCGUUGCUUUACAAAGCAGAGAAAGACUUUUCUCUCGCGAAUUGCUCCCGGAGCGCAGUGAAUUGACUGCGGGCACAGAUGCAUUUCCGUGUGCGUCGUAGCCUCAUUCACCGGCAGGUUCCCGUCUUUCCGGUUGCCGUGUUCGGGGUUGCCGCUCCUUCUUCCUGUGAAGCCAAAAUAAGGUACUUGAUUGUUUUUUCUUCUGUUGAAGCAAACUUCGAUGGGGAGAGUCUCUCCCCCUCGCGCCGUCUCCCGCGCUCGAACGUCAGUCCUUCUGUCUCACCCAGUGCAGUGGCACUCUCUGCAUCUGCACACCGGGCUCCGCAGCUUUUUUGCCGUUUAAACUAGGAAGGAUCCGCCGAUCUCUUUAUUCAGUUCGUUCAUUCUCGACUUUCCUGAUCAUUUCAAUAGUGCUCGUUAGCGUCGGGUACGUGUUUGCUCUCCAUCCCGGGGAUCCCCAAUCACAGACAAGGCGUCCUUCUGGUCUUUCGACCCUUGGGCCAUGCCGACUUUCUUCUUCGGCUCGCACAGAACAUACCCUUAUGUAGUUUUCCUCCCGAGGCAAGGGGAUCUCUCCUCUCUUGCUCUGUGGCGACAGGAGAGAGGCGCGUGUCGAGAGUUGAAUGGCGACUGCCCGCCCUCGCUGCACCAGAAGGGCCGCGCGCCGGCCUUCUGUGUGCUCCUUCCGCCUUCUCUCUUUUCUUUCUCUCUUCGUCGCGUCGUCCCCGUUUUCUCGUCUUGCAGUUUUCCUUGUAUGCUUCUCCUUCUCUCGCGUCGAUGCACAUUCUCUCCCCGCUUCUCGGUGCGUGAUUCCCCCCGCUCUGCCUUCUGUUGACACCGUCCGUCCUACAAGUGAAGAGACAGUGAAGCCUUCCGGAAGUAGCCUUCGCCUUUGCAGGUUUACCUCCUCGUCUUGUGACGCGCUCUUCCCGUCCUCCGCGUCACUUCUCUCUUCGCCAAACGCACUGUGCCAUCUGAGCCUCCCUGCUGCUCCACCUGCGAAAGCAUCUGUCGUCUCUUCACCGUUCACCUCUUCCGUUUCUCUCGCGCUAUCCAGAAAUUACUUCUUCCCGGUGAGGAAGCUGUCAGGAUCGUUUUGGCGCGGGACUGGCAGCGGGAGAGAUGCAGAAGGCGCGCGAGGUGUACAGCGGGUGCCCCAGAGAGAGGCCCAAGCAGAUGCGCUGGAGGAUGGCCUCAAGAAAGGUUCAAGCCUUCACCAAGCGCCCGCGCAUUCAAAUCCAAUUCGUCCCCAUCGACAGGCGAAUGCACCACUUUCUGAAGAGCGCGUGUGGACAGGAACCGCACGAGCUCCGUUGGGGUUCUUCCUUCCUCAAAAGGCUACCCCGCCACAGGCGGUGCCGCCAACUCACUGUGCGGUGACCAGCUGUACAUACACCUCGGCCAGAACAUCCCGGUUGCCAGCGCCUGAGUUGUUCGCUGCAACUGUUCCGCGCAGUGCGUCGGAGACACACACGAACGUAGAUUUUUUGCCACUCUUCCGUGGGAAAACCUCCUUUCUUCGGCGGCUGGCUUCUUACGACCAUCGACACCACUCCGCCGCUUGCUCUUCGUUUUUCUCUUCAGUCGCACGAGGUUGCCAGAGGCGCCGAAGACUGGGAGACCGUGAGGUGCCUGACACCGCACUUCUAGGAGACGGUAGGAGUCUGAAGAUGCACGGGAGAGAGCGCGGAGAGGCCAAAAGUGAGACUGAAAAGACUUCCUCGCUCUCAUUGGAGUUUCAGAUUGCGCCCGAGACGGUUAGGGCGAGAUAUCGAGAGCAAGAACACCGAAGGAAUCAGCGGAUCCUCCACCAGUCCGAAGAAGAGUGGACUGGGCUGGCUGCCCCCUCCAUGGCAAGAGGAAAAAGAAGAGGGCUCGGCUCAGUUGAAAUGAAAGUGCGGAAAGGAAAUGAAAUACGCGAGCUGUCCACUCCAGAAAUUGAACGUGAGGUUCUUUUGACGCGGCAGGAGAUUGCCCGCUUGGAACUGUUGAAACGCGCGUACAGCACCGAAUACAAGCCACAUUUGCUGAAAGAGGCGCGACACUACCUUGCUCAGCUGCUGACGAUUCGCUACGAGCGGCACCUGGGGCUCCACAAAGACAUCGACCCUUGGCAGCAGGGCCUGCUUCUUCCUGUCGAUAAAACGCUUCAACGCGUGGAGACAAGUGGAGCACCUCAGCCGGCAAGAAGUCCAGAUUCGUCGUCGAGUCGACCGGACAGCGGGAGCGAUAAGAAGCGGAACCCAUCUUCUUCCUUGGCUUCUGCUUCGUCUGUCGCCUCCGAUUCACGACGGCUAGCUGCUCCCUCAGCUCUCUCGUCUUCUUCAAAUUCUUCUGCACCCGCCUCGAAAAAACAUCUUUCUCUUUCCGCUAGUGAAGAGCCGUUCACAUCAUCUUCAGCCUCGUCUUCAGCCCCAUCUUCCUCUUCUCUUUCUGCUUCCCCAGCUGAGGGCGAUCGUUCUUCUUCCGACGGACUGUCUGCGAAGAAGGAGUCGCACUCGAAGCUACGCAGUGUGUCUUCUUCUCAGCAGGAGGUGGGAAGGGAGAUAAGCAGGCAGGAGAGAAGAGAAGCGCGAGGAUCGGAGACAGCGGACGGGGGGGCGAAGCAAAGGCCUGACAAAACGACUCCUGAGGGGAAGAAGAGCAAGAAACACCCAGAGGAAUCAAUUCGCUCCUCGGAGCAGCCGAAGGCGGAGUGGGCCAGCAACGAGAAACGCGGGGUACAGUCGAGAGUGGAGAAGAGUUCUGAGAAUGCAGAGAACACCGACACAGACGAGGAAGUAGCAAUCUCGAAGCCAAAGACCUCUUCUCGUUCUUCGUCCUCUUCUCUUUCUUCUUCUCCUGCGACAGCAUCUCGUCUACCUGGCUCCGAUAGAUCUUCGUGGAAGAACCAAGCGGAAGGAGAACAGAGAGCGGAGGCACACGAAGAAAAGCAUGGGCGAGAACAAGUCAGCAAGAAAACCGGGAAAGAAGAGAGAACACGGGUGGAAGCAUCCACUGCCCAACAUGAGAAACGUGAUUCAAAGACAAGGAAAGACACCGGAAAAGAGACAAGGAAAGACGUCGGGAAAGAGAAGGGGAAGUCUCAGAAAGCUAAGACGAGCGAGACAGAAACGAAGCACGAGAAAUUCGAGAGCACCCACGGAAGUGCGAGACCAGGGGAGAAGACAGCCAUCCGACUCGAAGUGUCUUCUGUUCAAUCACGAGAAGCUACGUCUGCUGGUCUGACGAAGAAGAGCGGAAAGCCACGAGCGUGAGCCCUGCAGGCUCCUCCUUUCAACCAUUUCUCUUCAUUUCUUCUUCAGGUCCCUAAUUUCUUUGUGUCGAACUACGAUGAAGGCUCGGAAGCCAUUCUAUCUCGUAAUCUCUCAUCUAUAUUCGUGUCUUCGUGCCCAUGCGCCGCUUCGGAUUCUCGUCGGCCUUGGUCUGUUUGUUUCUUUCCUAGGAGUCUCUCUGCGUCUUUCGCCUUUCUUCUCUCGCGUCUUAUGCUGUUGCCUUUUCUUCUGUCGGCCCUUCUGCGGCCACUUCUAUCCCUUCUUUUCAAGACCUAGGACGACGUUCGGAGACUCUUCACGUCUGCGAAACCGUUCUAAUGGAGAACAAGAACAAUUGCCAAGACCCGAUGCAUUGUGGCGCUCACUCCUGCAACUGAAGAGCAGGGACAGAGGAUGAAUUAUCCAGACUUGUACUUUGUGUGAAGUUCCCGGACAGGCAAAUCCACACUCACGUGUAAAUUGGUCCCUUUCCACUCCCACAUGCAUGUAUAUAUAGACAUAUGCCUUGCUUCGCCGUACAUGUAUGUAUAUAUCAGUGUAUUGCCAUGAGAAAGGUGAAAUCUUCGACGAGACGGAGAGAAGGGGAAAGGUAAAGAAGUUUUGACAAGGGAGGAAACAGGGUGUAGAGAGUGGAACUGGCUGGGCAAAAGUCGUAAGCAUGGAUGAUGUUGCUACCUAGUGUGCAAAGAUGCAUAUGAAGUGGAAGAGGGUGGGCUGCAGAGAGGAUGCAUCGCCCUCUUGAGACGAAGCCUGGAGGUCUGGUGUCUCUCCCUUUGAAGUUCGGUGAUAGAUCAGUGAACCUGAGGGGCUAGGGACAGACACUGAAGGAAGGGUGAAAGCUUGCGGAAGAGCGACAGUCUCCUUUCAUGUUUUCCGACAAAAGCAAGAGAAUCUAUUUGUAAUCAAGAAAAAAGGAAAUCGACACCUUCCGGGCAUGUUCUCUUUUUCCUCUGUAAAGGUAUCUAAGUUGUUUGCUUGACAGCACACACUGCGAGGUAUGAACAGGUGCCUACCAUGCGCAUUCUUUUCUGAGAUGUGAGCGUGUGUGAUUAAGAAGAGAGCUGCCGCGGUGACGGCGCGUACACGUGGACAAGCAUGGAGUCAAACUGAGUUGUGAUAGGAUUUCCUUUUCUGUCUCGCUUGUAGACCACAGAGAAUGCGAGGCACAUGUCAAGAAAAGAAGGAGAUGUUCUCCAGGCUGAGGUGUCUUUUUCUGAAAGCAGCACGGGGGCACACGAGGGACUCCGAAGCAAGGAAUUCACGUCAACGCUUCUGCUGCCGCAGGUGGUCGAAAUAAAAGAGUGUCAGGUCUUCUUUUUGCCAAUUCUGGUUAACAGCGGAGGAGGGCAACAGUGUGCUUGGAGGGAACUAGAAAACAUCUUGACUUUUCAGCGAAAAUGCGCUGAAUGCGAGAGUUCUGGUGUCUUUCACGCGCGUCAAUGGACGAGAUCCGCCCUCAGCGUAGAACAGUGGUUUCCUUCUUUUUAGCCGAUGCCGUGCAGGUGAAGGGCCGAAGGACGAUGUGAGACCAGCCCGAUUUUAAUUAGUGGAUAGACUGACACUGUGAAGAAUAAAGACGACAAUUUACUGAAACGCAGUGGGAAGAGAGGGGGGAACGAGGAGGUUUGGCGGCCUAAGUGUUUACCCAUAACGGGGGGCGCCUCCGAUCUCCCGCUUUCAAGCGGUGCCUCUUUUCGGUUUUUUAGAGCGUGUUUCCCCUAAUUCUUCCCGGCGUAUGAGUUCUCCCCGGCUACUGGCUCUUUUGUGCGGUCAGUCGAACUCACUUUCACGUUUUCUUUCUCGGGCACAGCCUUCACUCUCCCGGUUCGAGGACGAAAAAGGUGCUUUGGUGGAGGACGACCGAGGGGCGUUUCGUUCCUUGGUCGCGCCCGACGGAGUUCUGUCGGCUACAAAACAACUCAGAGUUCCUCUUGAUACGAGAAGGAAAGAAACUUAUAUCUGUUGUAGCACGUGGGGAAAUACGGGUUCGGGCACUAGUACCC